AUGGAGAGAAUAGUGAAGAAGCUGCAACUUCCCUUGUUCAACAUCUUUGUUUUAGCCAUGGUAGUUCAGCUUUGUGGGUCAUUGGCUAGUGGGUCUAGUCAUGAACAAGAAAGAAAGGCAUAUAUAGUGUACAUGGGAGAUUCAGUAGAAACAACAAUCUCUGCUGUUGAUCGUCACCAUGAUUUGCUUUCAGCUGCUAUUGGAGAUGAGGAUAUAGCCAGAAAAUCCAGAAUUCACAGCUAUGGAAAGAGUCUUGAUGCAUUUGCUGCACAUCUAAUGCCACAAGAAGCAGAGAGACUACGAGAGAAUGAGAAUGUGGUUUCAGUGUUUCCAAGCACACUAAGGAAGCUUCAAACGACACGGUCAUGGGAUUUUCUGAAAAUGCCUCUCUCUGUUAAGAGAAAUUCUCAAAUAGAGACUGAUGUUAUCAUCGGCUUGUUAGAUACAGGAAUUUAUGUGGAUGCUCCAAGUUUUGAUGACAAAGGAUUCGGACCUCCUCCAUCGAAAUGGAAAGGCAUAUGCCAAUCAGGAGGAAAUUUCAGUGGCUGCAACAACAAAGUAAUUGGUGCACGGUCAUACGAUGUAGACCGCAAGAAUGCUGUCAACAACCUAUCACCAGCGGACGAUGAAGGCCAUGGCACGCAUACUUCCUCAACCAUAGCUGGUGUGCCGGUCCAGGGGGCGAGCCUGUAUGGAUUGGGGCAAGGAACUGCUCGAGGAGGUGUUCCUGGUGCACGUAUAGCAAUGUACAAGGUUUGUCAUGAGCGAGGCUGCAGCGACUUGGAUAUAUUGGCAGCAUUCGAUGAUGCAAUUGCAGAUGGUGUGGAUUUGUUGUCGGUUUCAAUAGGUGGCCCAUCCAAUGAUUACUUCAGUGAUGCUUUAGCCAUUGGUACUUUUCAUGCUAUGAAGAAGGGUAUCUUGACUAGUUGCUCCGCGGGUAAUGAAGGGCCGAGGAUGUCUUCAGUGGAGAAUGUGGCUCCUUGGAUUCUGACUGUUGGUGCUAGUGGCUUGGAUAGACAGUUCAGGAGUUCGGCUCGAUUUGGAGAUGGCAUGAGAACUUCUGGUGUUUCUCUGAAUACAUUCAGAUUGAAAAGGAGAAUGUACCCUCUGAUAAGUGGCGCAAAAGCAGCCAACAACAGUAGAAUCAAGGAUGAUUUCUUUUCUCCCAUGAGCUGUGAUUCUGGGACUCUGGAUGAAAAGAAGGUGAAGGGGAAGAUAGUGUUCUGUCACAGGGGAUAUGAUCAAGAUUAUGUAAUCAAGAAGUUGGGUGGAGUUGGGGUAAUUCUUGUCAAACAAGGGAACCUAGACACUGGAUCUAGCUUUUUGAUCCCUGCAACGAUUGUCGAUCCUUUAGAAGCUGAAAAGAUUGACAAAUAUAUCAACUCUACUAAGAAUCCUCGAGCUAUCAUAUCCAAAUCAAGGAAAGUGACUGUCGCGGCUCCAUUUGUGGCUUCCUUCUCAUCUAGAGGACCUAACCCCGUCUCCAGCACAAUCGCGAAGCCGGAUCUUGUGGCUCCUGGGAUCGACAUACUGGCUGCUUAUACUAAACUUGCAUCUGUCACUGGGAGUGAAGAUGACAAUCGGUACGAUGUGUACAAUAUAAUGUCUGGAACUUCAAUGGCUUGCCCUCAUGCCGCUGCUACUGCUGCCUAUAUCAAGUCAUUUCAUCCCGAUUGGUCUCCUGCUGCGAUUAAGUCUGCUCUCAUGACAACUGCAACUGAGAUGAAAGUUGGAGAAGAAUUGGCAGAGCUGGCCUACGGUGCAGGGCAAAUUGAUCCAGUAAGGGCAUUGCAUCCAGGAUUAGUCUAUGAUGCGUCGAAAAUGAACUACAUUCGCUUCCUUUGCAAUGAAGGCUACUCCGGCACAGUCCUACGCCUUAUCACAGAUGAAUAUAUAAAUUGUUCAAGAAUUCCUUCUAUCGGUGGGAAUGAUGCGUUGAACUACCCAUCGAUGUAUUUGCAGCUUGAAAAUCCCAAUUCUAGCAUUUCUGCCAUUCUUCAUCGGACAGUUACUAAUGUGGAGCCAGGAAACUUUAUUUACAAGGCUACAGUGAAGGCACCCAAGGAGCUGAAGAUCACUGUCACUCCGGACACGUUGAAAUUUGAUCGGAUGUAUGAGAAGAAAAGCUUCAAGGUUGAGAUCAAAGGUCCGGCAUUGAAAAUUAAUGUUACUGUUUUAUCAGCUUCACUGGAAUGGAGGAGUGAUUCUUCAAGUCACAGGGUCAAGAGCCCUAUUAUCAUUCAUGCCAAAGAAUUAUAUUACUGAUGUCCAGUCCAACUCCGAAAUAAGGCAUAUAUGUACAUAUUGUUCA